AUGAACACCUUUAUGUGGGAGAGCCCCUUCACUAAACAGCACCUGGAGGUCCUGCAGAAGCUGGGGGCGCAGGUGAUCCCGCCGGUGGGCAAGCGCCUGGCCUGCGGCGACGUAGGGCUGGGCGCCAUGGCGGCCCCAGAAGACAUCGCUGUGGCAUGCAUCGAGGCGAUGGGGCGGCGGUACGGGGCCGGGGGCCGGCGGGACGACGAGGAGGCGGUGGCCGUGGUGCCCGCUGGGUGA